AAUUUCCAACAGAUGGGAUGUGAUAAGAGUCGAACAUUGAAUUGUGGAUAAAUGGUAAAAAUACAAUGAAUGAAAGGUCACUCGGUUUGUUGCGAAGUACUCUAAUGAGAUCUUAUCCAGCGUUAUUUUCGUCAAGUCACACGUGCAGGCGGAAAGAUAAUGAGCGAAGCUUAAAUAAUGUCAACCAAAAACUGGUACUCAUGGAAUUUGUUUCGUUACAUUGUAAGACGCAAGGGCACGUAUUCGGUGAAACCUAACCUGAAAGAGAUCCUCUUGAAAAUGCCGCGGUCACAGAAUCAUAUCCAAGAGAUGCGGGACCAUCGACUAAAACUCAAAGAAAACCAGAAAAAUUAUUCACCAAGCUCUAUAUACUUUCAGGUCCUGGGCUCCGGUUCGCGAGGCUCGCCAAGAUCCCUUUAUUUGUUCACAGACCGAGUGAGAUACAUGUUCAACUGCGGCGAGGGGACGCAGAGGCUGGCGGGAGAGCACAAGUGUAAAGUAGCAAAACUAGAACACAUAUUUAUAACAAGCCCAACUUGGCAGAAUCUGGGUGGUUUACCAGGCUUGGCAUUGAGCGCACAGGAUGUAGGCGUACCUCACUUUGUGUUGCACGGUCCCCAGGGAACGGACGAACUUUUCAAAGCAGCAAAGAAAUUCAUCAUUUUGCAAAGCUUGCAAGUUUCACUGUACGAUUGCAGCUAUGAAAAUGUGUUCGAGGAUGAAUGUAUUACAGUCAGACACGCUCGACUCACUAAAAAACACUCCGGACUCGAAAAGUCUGACUCUGAUCACAGCUUGGAUUACACUGAUGAUGAGACGGAUUAUUACGCUCACGAGGUUAAUCGUAAUGGCAAAAGGCUCAGACUAGUGGACAAAACUGAGCAGAGGUCCAAGGUCAGGGAGUCAUUGAAAUCCAACCCCAGGAUAACUGAUGCAAUGGCUUAUAUUUGUAAAUUCAAAGAUCGUCCUGGUACGUUAUCCCUUAUUAAAUGUGUUGAGCAAGGCGUUCCAUCUGGCCCUCUGUUUGGUAAGCUGAAAGAGGGGAAAGACGUCACUUUAGAAGACGGACGUAUAGUGAAAAGCUCCGACGUUAUGGGACCUACGGAACCUGGAUCAGUCGUCAUUGUUUUGGAGUGCCCCACGGUGGAUCACCUCGAAUCGUUAGUGGAAAACCCCAUUUUCGAAGAUUAUCAGCAAUCGACUGCCGAGGAGGAUAACAUUCCAUUCUGCAUUGUGCACUUUACACCUGUGGAAGUCAUGGCCGAUCCACGUUACAAAAAGUGGAUGAAUGCAUUUGGCCCUGGACCAAUUCAACUGGUAAUAAACGAACAGAACGAUUGUCUUGGAAGUGAAGCUGUUCAUGAAAUGCAGCACAUGCUGCAUCUACUCCAUCCGACCAUAUUCCCAUUUCUCAGUGAGCAGGGUUUCGACAAGGAAAACCUCCCAGACCAAGAAAUCAUUGAAGGCAACGAGGAGAAACUGGUUGAACAGCUAAUGGGAAAUUCUAGCCGCUCGGUGAUAUCUGCGGAGAACAUUAAGCCUGACGAUAGUACAGUUAGUCAAGCCAAGACACUGCAUUGCAUCCGUUUGCGCCCUAAAAACGGAUUGGAUCGCAGUCUGGAGCUGGAAUUACAGCCCAAAAAGUAUAUAGAUAAAGCAAUGGAAAUCGACGGUUUCCUCGAUGCUCUAGCAUGCCUUCAGACUGACAUAAAUUUGAAGACGAAAGAGCUGGGUGAGAUUGCAGAGUACCCAAAAUUAAUUUUCUUAGGCACAGGUUCAUGCGCACCUAACAAGCACAGGAACACCAGUGGGAUUCUUUUCAGGAUCACCGAAAACAGCAGCAUACUAUUCGACUGUGGAGAGGGCACUGUGACACAGCUGAUGAGAUUUUAUGGCAAGAGUGAGGUGUACAAAGUUUUGGCCAGCAUCAAGGCGAUUUAUAUUUCCCAUUUACACGCCGAUCAUCACAUGGGAUUGAUUGGACUUUUGAAAGCUAGAAUGUGGGCAACGAAAAAUCCAGCUUUCGUACUUGCGCCAAAACAGAUAUCCGCUUGGCUUAGCUUCUAUCACAGAAGAUUUGAGCCGAUAUUGGACAAGUUCACACUCAUUGCAAACGGAGACCUGAUACUGAACAACCACAACGAGUUAUCAAACGACAAAUGCAAUAAUUUAUACGCACAAUUAGGAGUAAAAGAUGUAAACACGACGAACGUCAGGCACGUGGUAAAUUCUUUUGGUGUUUCCGUCACACUGAAUGAUGGGUUCAAAGUAACUUACAGUGGCGACACAAUGCCCUGUCGAAGUUUGGUUGACUUAGGUCAAAACAGCGAUCUAUUAAUUCAUGAAGCUACAAUGUCAGAUGAGCUAGAGGAUGAGGCAAAGUUCAAGUUGCAUUCCACAGUUUCACAGGCAAUCAAUAUUGGUCAACAGAUGAACGCAAAAUUCACUUUGCUUACCCAUUUCAGUCAACGAUAUGCUAAGAUACCGCUACUCGAUGACGAUGCUGCAAAAAUGGUCGGCAUUGCCUUUGAUAACAUGCAAGUGAGAGUAGGAGAACUGCCUAUUCUGCCGCUCCUCUAUCCUGCGCUACGUAUUAUGUUUUCGGAAUCUUGCGAAAUACUUGAUAACAGGGCUCAUAGAAGAAGACUUCGAUUACAGUACGGUGUAGAACAAACAUCCCCAUCCUUACACAUUGCAAAGAAAGAAAAAAAAAUGCUUUCAAUAAAAUAGGUUUAAUUCAAACACAAAUUGAUGUAGAUGCUAGUAUUUUGUGUUUAAUUUGAAGAAUGAUUUUCAAUCAACAAUGCUGUUUGACCAAUUUUGAAUAUUAUCCUCACUCAUUAUUAUACUUCAAUACGUGCAAGUCAUAUUACCUGAUACAGUUCGCGUUGAUAGAUAAUAAAGACGAUAGUAAGUAUUUACAUAUAUUACUAAAUAUGAUUAUUAAGAUGUAACCAUGAGUGAGGAAUCACAAUGGCACUUUGUAACUCAUGGCGAUAACUGAAUAUUUUAUACUAUCUGCAUCAUGUCACUAUGAUCGGCUAGCUUAGUUCUAAAAUGAAACAUGAUAGAAUUUUUUUGUGAAGUGAGUUUCAUAGCUCAAGGAAACGGCAAAGACAUCUCGUUUUUUCCGUAAACUUGCGAGAUUCAAAAGUAUUUUUAGCUAUAAGCCUCAAGGCAAUGCAAAAUCAAGAAAUCACAGGCAUCUUUAUGGCAUUUGUAACAUUGUUAUCCACCACAGUAUACCAGCGCCAGUCUUGAGUCAAAAAUCAUCCUCGUCAUAGCCGAUUAUCAGAUAGAUUCAACAGGUGCAUAUGCAAUUUCUGCACAGGAUUUUCUUUAUUCUCAGCUGUUGAUCCUACGAUGUUUUGAAUUCGUUUUCUGCUAGAAAGAGUCAAUCGAUUCACUAACGAAAAGUCCUUGACAAGAAAAGGAAAAAAGGUUAACGAUUUGGUAAUUUUCCUUCUUUUUUCUUUUUCCAAAUAUUUUUUUUAAUCUUUCUCUAGUAUUUUCCGUAUCAGAAAAAACUUCCUUUGUUAAUAGGGCAAAUGUCUCAUUGUUUUAGUUUCAUUUCAUAACACUCUGAGCACAGUGGAUAUUUUUUACACGUGAUAUUGCUCGGAAAUAACCGUGCUAAUCCCGUGAAUCACAAAACAGUGAAAUUUUAUUAAUAGUGACUAUAAUGAUAAUCAAAUAAUUAUGAUACUCACUGCACAUACAAAAGUAAUAAUCUGUACAACCCGCGCAUUUUUCAGAUAAAGUAUAUAAAAUGGUUUUACGUAAUGAUUUGUCUUAUUCUUGUGUUUAUCAUCAACAUUGGUAUGAAUUAUAGUAGAAGUGGAUAAUGCAGGGGAUAUUGUAUUGAUGUAUUUACACAAAAGAGAAAUUUUGUUGCAUAAGAAAAA